GCCAUCCAUUUCUCCAUCAGUCUGCAAGGACGUUGUUGUGGAGCUGUCAAGGAGAAAAAUUACCAUGGCUGCUAGUUCUUUGACCAAACCUCAGAUGCGUGGCCUUCUGGCCAAGCAUCUGCGAUUUCAUAUUGUUGAAGCAUUCAUUGUCUCAUUGAGGGUUGCAACUUUAUAUAAGUUUGCUGUGGCUGAACCAAGAAAGAAGGCAUAUGCAGAUUUCUACAGAAAUUACAAUUCCAUGAACGAUUUUGAGGAGAUGAGGAAAGCUGGCAUCUUUCAGAGUACAAAGUGAUUUUGGAAUGUAAAG